AUGUCUCUUAGACGAAAAGUGCUGGCAGGCACCACCAUCUCCGGUAGCAUUGGCCUAGCAUUGGGGAUAUACCUCACAACCGCUGACAUUGACGCAAUCCCCCUAACGGCCACGGACCCUAUUUUCACUUCCGAGUACUACAAGAGCUACAACCCGAACAACAAUCCCACAAUCCACGACUUGCACGUCAUCAGGGUGCCAUUGCAACAGAUCGAUCCUGCACUCCUUGAGGAUCGGAAUAAACUUAUUGAGAAAUACUGUGGGGGCAUAUGGGCCGGAUCUGGGUUUGCUCUACAACGAAUCCUCCGUACAUGGAUGGAUAAACCCAACACGAAUAUAACCCAGCUUUGGUCUUCUUCCGAUCUUCUGCGGUCCGAUUACAAGGUAGGCACCGACAUUGUCUCCGAAUUCGAGGUUAUCGAUCGGUCGUCAACUUCAAUCCUCAUCCGAGGAGGGGACAAAACCUGCAAUCGCGGUCUGCGUCCCUUGGACGCGUUAAUCGAGGUUGCCGCUCGAGUAGACAAGGAGAACGAUGUAGCCGAGUUCGGGUUCAAGUCGCUCUUCUUCCAAGGAGCUGGACGAACGGAUAGGCUUCCGAUGCCGGGGGCUGUGGUGUGGCUGCAUGAGCUAUACGCAAAGAUUUUGUUAAAGUCGGGUGUACAAUAUGUUCUCAAAUAAGCCCCAAAUAGAGCAAACACGC